AUGGUUUCGAUGGCACAAGAACACCCCCAUCUCUGGUCUUUCAUCCAGAGGCACGCAAAAGAGCGACCAGAAGCAAUUGCCUGCUCAAAAUACAACAAAACGCUUAGCUAUGGCCAAGUCGAGUCAUCCUCCUUGUUGCUAGCCACGCUCUUCGCUUCGCAGGGAAUUGUUGUGGGUGAUGCAGUCCCGAUUUUCGUCGCUAGGAACUUCGAGAGCGUGGUUUCGAUCAUUGCCCUUCUGCGACUCGGAGUUUGCUUUGUCCCGAUCGAUGGAGAAUCCUGGAGUCAAUCUAGGGUCGACUCUGUGUUGCGUGCGGUUGAGCCAAAGCUUGUUGUCAUAGCACAGGAAACGAAUUUGAAAGCCAACGAGAUACAGUCCAUCUCUUUCGAGGAGAUAAAAGAUGCCGUUGGAGGCAAAUCGACAAACGAAGCCCUCGACCUGUCAAGGGAGAUUAUUGACUGCAACCGGAACCCAGAGGAAGUGGUUUACAUGAUCUUCACUUCUGGGACGACCGGAACCCCAAAGGGUGUUGUGAUAUCUCGCGCGUCUGUUGAGAACUAUGUCAGUCAAGGCAGGGAUGAUGGAAUGCCUUUCAAUUUGGGAGUGCAAAACAACGACAAAGUCCUACUUCUAUUUUCUUUGGCAUUCGAUGCUGCAUGGGGAGUUUUCUUCAGCACUCUUUGCCAUGGUGCGCAUUUGGUGCUCUCAGAGCCCCGAGCUGUGUUGGAGGAUGCAAAACGAUGCACCAUUCUCCCUGCGACACCGUCCCUUCUAGCGACUCUCGGCGAUCCAGCGCAGUACAGGAAUAUCAAGUAUGUCUUUCUUGGUGGAGAGUCCCCAAGUCCGAGACUUCUGCAAGACUGGUGGAGCGAAGAAAGGUCAAUUUACAACUGCUACGGUCCGACGGAGGCAACUAUUUGUGCGAGUAUGGCCGAGCUACGACCGAAUCGUCGAAUCACUUUGGGAGAGCCAAUGUCCAAUACUCGCCUUCUGAUCCUGAACGACGAGUUGGAGGUAUGCGACGAGGGGGAACUUCACAUCAGCGGACCAGGCCUCGCUAUUGGCUUUUACAAGAAUGAGACACUGACGAGUGAGAGAUUCUUCGACUGGAAAGGGUUACGAAUCUUCGCGACUCGCGACCGGGCUCGCAGAACCAACGAGGGCAUUGUCUUUUGCGGUCGUUCGGACAGCAUAGUCAAGAACCGGGGCUAUCUCAUCAACCUUGAGACGGAUGUGAUUCCCAGUCUGGAAUCAUGCGUCACUGUGCAUUCUGCUGCGGCGUUCAUGCAUGAAGGAAAAUUGGUCGGUGUGGUGACACCCCAGACUGUAGAUGCAGUUGAUGUACGUCGACAACUGUCCGAGAAACACGAUGAGUUCGUCGUGCCUGAUCAGAUUCUGGCAUACGACGAAUUGUGUCUGACUUCAAACGGCAAAGUCGACACAAAAGCCUUGCAGAAGAUUUUCAUCUCUAGGCAGUUGCAGUCGUUCAAUAUCGAGCCCACCGAAGCUCUUGCUGAACCUUGCUCGAUAAUACAAGAGGCAGUUGCAGAGACACUAUGCCUUUCCGCCAACACAGUUCCAAUGAACUGCAGUUUCUGGGAACUAGGUGGCAAUUCUCUUUUGGCCAUCAAAUUGAUGUCCACUCUACACCAGAAAGGAGUGUCCCUUUGCUUCCACGAUAUCUGCACGUCGACAACAUUAUCGGCGUUGUAUGAUCGAGUCAAGCCAGCCGAUGCCUUCGAUCUCCCAAGAGCUCUUGCGCCUACAGCAGAUGAACGGUCAUUACCGGCCCCGAUUACGACCACUCAGAUGGGCAUGAUCAGAUCAUCUGUUCGAAAAUCUGCAAUGAGCUACAUGGUGGUUAUCAUCGACUUGCCCUGGAAAGCAGAAACAGGGUAUAGCGACCGAGUUAGGGUAGCCUGGGAGACCGUCAUGAAGAGACAUACCAUCUUUUCAACAUACUUCGACAUGAAUACCGGAGAGCAAAAGACGGAAACAGAAUAUCACCAUGACUGGGAAGAGCACACGUCGGCUGAUAAAGCCAUCUCUGUCGCGGUGACGAAUGAGUCGAAUCGACUUUUUGAAAACACUCAACGAAAUGUCACCGAUAAUCUGUACAGGCCACUCAACGCCUUCCGAAUGAUAGUGAAUGGAUCCGCAACAAAGGCCAACUUGCUAUGGCUUGUCCACCAUACACGCGUCGACGGCUGGUCCAUGGGUCUCAUUAUGCAGGAAGUCCAAGAUCUUCUGUACGGCAAGAUACUUUCGUCGGACCCCUUCCAAUUUUUGGAAAUCGCGAGAGAGCUGCCGCAGCAUGUAAGUCCUUUACGCGCCAAGGCAAGGAAGUUUUGGUGUGAAGCACUGUCAAAGGUGACCGAAGCCACUCCAUUGACACUUCCCAAACCGAGAGAGAAAACAAAGCAUACUCGGCUUGGUGGGACAGGAGUCACGGUUAAUCUUGAGAUAGGCAAAAUUGAGCGGAUUUGUCGGAACUUGGGGGUGUCAUCUGCGAGUGUUAUAUACACUGCGUGGGCUCUUCUGCUCAAGGCUUAUACAGCGCAAGACCAGGUGGUUUUUGGGACUGUGGUAUCUGGGCGCCAUUUGCAUCUUCCAGGUAUUGAAACAGCCAUAGGACCACUUAUCAAUAGUUGUCCACUGCCUGUAUGCAUGUCUAGUCUGCGAAACAAAUCUUGCCUUCUCAAACAUGUCCAACACUUGAUGCUGCAAGUCAGCUCACAACAAUGGUUUGCAACAGAAGCCCUCCAGGAAGCAGCACCAAGCACACAAUCUCAAGCAUUUCAGACAAUGCUUUUCUUGGAAUAUGAUCUUCCCGAAUUUCCAAACCAGGACAAGUGGAGAUUCUCCAGAAGGGAUGUUCCCGAAUUUGGCUUGACAACAAUUAUUCGACGAGGAAACAGUGGUCUUGAAAUCAACGCCAUAUUCGACGAGAACCUUUACACACAACCGGUGAUAAAGAGGAUGAUGUCUCAUUUCCGAAAUUUGUUCCUCGCAUUGCUUGACCCUGCAUGCGAGAAGAUUUUGAGGGUUCGGGAAAGGAUGCUUGACCCCUGUGAAGCUCUUUCUCUGAUAUCGGCCUCAUCUGAUCUAAAGAGCCCUUACAUGGGGCCUUCUAAUCUCAAAGAGAGAUUUGAGAAGGGAGUUGAUCGGUGGCCGAAUGAAACAGCAAUUGAGUCCGGGACUCGAAAAAUGAGCUACCAAGACCUCGACUCGCAGGCAAAUGGUGUCGCCAAAGCUGUUCUAGCCCAAGUACCACCAAGAAGUGCCAUCGGGAUAGUCAGUGAUCGAAGUCUCGAGUGGCUCGUGGCUGUCAUCGGUGUUAUCAAAGCCGGGGCCAUUUAUGUUCCACUGGACACGAAGCUGCCGAUUGAACGAAUUCAGGUCAUGAUGAAGACCGCAUCAGUUGAGCUUUGCGUCUUUCCAAAUGAAGCAUAUUUCGCCCAAUAUGGUGAUGCGUUGGGUGAAACAAGGUCCCUUUGUUUGGAGCUGCAAGCUAGUACUCAAAUGUGCACCAGGUCUGAAUUGAUACCAAAUGCAGAAGACGUCGCAUAUAUCACUUUCACAUCUGGGUCGACCGGUGCACCCAAGGGUGUUCGCAUCAAGCACGAGUCGGUCGUCUCAUACCUUUCGUAUGGACCAGCUCGAAUGGAUGCCCGCCCAGGAAGACGUCAUGCACAAAUGUUUUCACCCGGAUUUGAUGUGAACCAGGCUGAGAUUUUCGGGACGCUUUGCUAUGGCGCCACACUUGUGCUGGCCGACCCCGUGGAUCCGUUCGCACACUUGACACGAGUGAACGCAACCAUGAUUACUCCAUCAUUCUUGUCAGUGUGCGAGCCAGACCAAUAUCCGAAUAUUGACACCAUCUUAUUCGCCGGAGAAGCUGUUCCACAAGCACUAGCCGAUAAAUGGGCUGGUACACGAACAGUAUACAACUCGUAUGGCCCAUGCGAGUGCACCAUUGGCUGCUUGUUUGAAAGUUUAAAGCCAAUGAAGGAAGUGACGCUCGGCAAUGCAAUCCCUCGCGUGGGCGUUUAUCUUCUUGACUCACAAAGUCAACCAGUCCCCAUCGGGGUGCCUGGUGAGAUUUGCCUGAGUGGGAUUCAAAUUGCAGAAGGGUAUAUCGGGACUGACCGUCAAGGCUUGUCGCAAGAAAAGUUUGUUUCAGAUCCAUUCGUGGCGGGACAGCGCAUGUAUCGCACCGGAGAUUGCGCAGUCUGGACCGAGCAACUAGAACCAAAGUUCAUCGGUCGAUUCGACAACCAAGUCAAGGUCAGAGGACAUCGCGUCGAGCUCACUGAGAUUGAAAAUGUCAUCCAAACGGUUGAUCCGACCGUCCGAAGGGCAGCAGCAAUCGUUCAAUCGGAUAAUAUUGUCGCCUACGUCGAGCCUGAUACGGUGAACGUUGCUAAUAUCCAGGCAAAACUUCGCACCAAGUUGCCCAGAUAUGCGUGUCCUUCAGCAAUAGUGGUACUGCCUAGUCUACCGGUAAUGCCAAACCAAAAGCUUGAUCGUAAAGCGUUGGUUUCCAUUUCCCAUCAUACGCAGAACGAAGAAACUCAACCAUUGACGCAGACUCAGGCAUUGGUUGCCGAGGGCUGGAGAGAAGCAAUCGGUCUCCAUGACGAUGUGACCAUCAACGCCACUUCGGAAUUUUUGGAGCUUGGUGGGAGUUCUCUCAGCCAGAUUAAAUUGGCCCAAAUUGUUUCACGGAAACUGAGAUUCAAACUGCCCUUGAAGCUAUUUAUCUGGACCACAGAUCUUUCAGGACUCAGCGACGCGAUAGAGGACUGGUUGACAUCAACAGAGAAACAAUCUCAGUUGCCGUUCAUCGUGGCUUGGAAGUCAAUCAAGCCACCCUUCAACGCUGUCUCGGAGUCCGAGGCAGAAUUUGUUCGGCUGUCGCUUGAUUAUCCACCCCAAACCUUCAAUGUUGGAUACAAACUCACGUUGACGGGUAAUGUGGACGUUGAAAAGCUUGUGAAAUUGGUAGUGGAUGUCACAUCACACGAAUCAGUUCUCAAAAGUCGAUUCUAUGUUUCAGACGACGAGGUCCGACGGGGCCAGUCUUCAUCAGCGUGUGAGGUCACUCAAUUCGAAGCCCAAAAUCAGGAUCUGGAGGCUUUCACUAAUCGCCCGUUUGAUCUGUCAACAGGCCCAUUGACUCGAAUAAAUGUUAGCCCCAGUUCUUCCGGAGCGGAGAUCCUCCUUUUGCAGCACCAUACAGUGACAGACAAAGCUGCGAUUCAACUCUUACUGGGCAAAAUCAAAGCCCAGUAUCUUCGCAAUUCCAACAGUUACACAGAAGCAAAUGAUGCUUCCCAUUUGACGCACUUGCCAGACUAUGCAGUCUGGGCGCAGUGGAAGGCCGGCCAGCCUCGGGUAGGGAUGAACGAUCCCAACGCCGUGUUCUGGCACACUCAACUUUCGGAGAUGCCGGCGCAGUUGUUCACGCGUCAGGCAUCGAAAUUCAUCGGGAAGUCGACGUCAUUUUCAUGGAAGACAAACGGACGCGUCGAUGGCUCUAUGGAGCUGUACUUGGCCCUGACUGCGGUGACUCUCGCCCAAUGCCAAGAGACCAACGACAUGAUUCUUGGCAUCCCUCAUGUCGAUCGCACUGAGCCAGCAACAGAAUCAAUGCUGGGCGUGUUUCUAAACCGUCUGCCAGUCCGACUGAAUGUGAAAUCAACUGCUUUGGACUCUUUUUCUAACCUGGUCGAUUUGGCGCGUAUCUCGGUUCGAGAUGCCUUGGCCCAUGCCAUCUCAUUCCAGACUAUUCGUGACAUCACGAAUUUGGACGAGAUAUUCCAGGUUAUGGUUGUUUACAAUCGGCGCAAUGACUCGGUCGGGGCGGCGCUUUGCAUGCCCGGUGUUUAUGUCGAGGAGACACCGUUGAAACCCACCGGUGCUAAAUUCCCAUUGCUGAUCGAGUUUACGGAAACCCAGGAACGAACGAUUUGCGAAUUCGAAUUCAUGGAAAACAUGGUUUCUCCAGCUACGGCUGACCAUCUUCGAGAGCAGAUGGAGGAGACCGUGAGGCUGUUUGGAGACUGGUUUGGUGCUACUUGA